AUGUUCAACGCCAGCCAGCCGACCAUCGACAUCGUAGUCGAUCGGACUACACACGCUCUUGGCGAGCCAGCCGGUGCGAUCCUCGUCGGCGUGUUCAUACAGUUUUUCUUCCAGGGCAUCAUCGUCAUCGAAGCUGGACAGUACUACGAGGUGUGUUAUGAAGAUUCCUGGGGCCGCAAUCUUUUUGUAGCUUUUGUCACGUUGCUUUCUCUUACCCAGACGGGGUUCGAGGGAUAUAUAGCUUGGAAAGCUAAUGUCGAUCGUAGGACACUGCUGAUGAUCCCUCGAGCAUGGUUUGCGCUCUUCCUCAACGGCUUCAUCAGCGGAAUAAACAAACUCUUCCUCCUCCGACGCUGCUGGCGGGUUACGAAAGGAAGCUGGUGGAUAGCCGUGUUGUUUGGGUUGACGGUAACCACAUACGCCGCGAAUAUCUUGAUCGCGGUGGCAUUUUCACGUUUGGGCGUCGUCAAUCCCAAGCCUAGGGAUGUUAUACUGAGCGUCAUCGCAUUUUCUUAUUGGACCACAGCAGUGCUCGUGAUCGACGUCAUCCUCUCUAUCAUUCGUGAGUCCCAUUUCACAUUAGGCAAUACCUCAUUCGAUGACGAUCCCUUAGUCGCUUUUUUCCUAUGGAAAAACAAAACCGGCGUACACCACCUCGACAGAGCACUCCUGCGGUUCUGCGCUGUCGCCACAGAAUCCGCAGUCUGGCCAUCAUUGUGCGUCGCCGUUUCCGCAGGACUUUUCUUCUCACACAACGCAAACGCCAACCGUCUCGUCUUCGUAUUCUUGCUGCAAACAGGAAAACUCUACACGCUAUCGAUCCUCCGCACCUUGAACGCAAAAGUCAAACUGCGAGACAGGAUGAAGUCAGACGAUUUUGCGCGAGGCUCGUUGGGGAACUGGUCGUGGCGACAGGCUGGAGGGGUUUCUGAGAUGUCUAUGGAUGCAGCGCAUUCGCGGUCUUCGUUCCGGGCUGUAACGAGUGGACGCCCGUUAUCGAUCUCGAUUGGUCCGGAGGAGAGGAGUGUUGCAGAUAGUCACGUGUCUGUGUUUGACCAGCACCUUCGGUCGCCGAUGCCAGGCCAUUCGAAUUCAAUAGACUUCCGUUCGGCUUGAUGAUUCGGAGUGGGCUGCUGGCUGAAAUUUGUUUUGUGAAGUUGACACUCUUCUCUGUUGUAUUUCUCCUGGAGAUUCGGAUGGAAAAAGUAUAAGCACCUAAUUAUACAUGGGUCACUUUUGAUAUUGUCCAUCACACUUGAACCUCAAAGUCAAUGGCCAUCUCGCGUUCGAAAUGGUGCGCAGGCUGCGAUGUGCGAGGUUUACAACUAUCUUACAUGUCAUUGAUACAAGAACGGGAAGUAAUCCGAGGGGUAUUCUAGUGGCCACAUAUUGAGGAAAUGAAAAGUAAAAUAUCCGCGACGCCGAUUUAGAAGCAACCACACAACCGACCGUUUCCAUGCUCUCCAGUGUUGACCUGCACUGCGGGCGGUUGUGAAUCAGGGUUUGUCGAAGGUGGACGAGAAGGAACGUAGUCUUCAUCAGCUAUCCACUCCCCGCUGUUCUUGGCAGGAGCAUCUGCUGAAGCAUUGCG